AUGACGAGCGGGUUAGUAAGCAAGUGGAUCGUGAAGUAUGACGACGGCGAGGCAUCAGCUGCGGAUGGUUUGUUUAAGCUUGCUGGUGAGCUGGAGCUAAGCGGAAAGUGCUUACAACAGAAAUUCAAAUACCACGACCGGAAAAUAGAAACAUGCGGCUUCCUCGAAAAGGAUAGUCCCUCCUGGGCCGCCUUCCACAUCGCGUUCUUCCUUAGUUCGUUCGUGUUCCUGCUUAUACUGAACAGCAUCCUAUACAUGUGGGUGCUGUCCCGGCGGGGGCAAAGUUCGGUCGGCGGUCGUUCGGCCGAAUCGAAGAAGGGCAAAAAUCGCGUUACCCGGCUGGUGGUGAUUGUGGUGGCAGCGUUUGCUUCAUUAUGGUUUCCCAUACAGGUCAUCCUGGUCCUAAAGAGUGUGGACGUCUUUAAACUAGACACGCAUUUUAAAAUUUCACUACAAAUCGUCUCGCACGUGCUGGCAUACACGAGCUCCUGUAUAAACCCGCUGCUGUACGCGUUCCUGUCCGAAAACUUUCGUAAAGCAUUUCGUAAGAUUGUUUACUGUGGACCGGGGAGCCGCCGCCAGGGCAGCCAACGAAAACGUGCGAACCGGCAGCUGUCCAGACAUUUUAUAACCGGAAACAAUGAAGCAAACGUCCGUCACCUUCGUUUAAUACAUUCUUUGUUUUCGCACAGUGCAGCCCAGUGUUUCCGUUUUAUCCUGGCCACGACGGAACAUCAGCACAGCGGCACAAGCUUCUACGAAACGGUUCGCCAAAUGGCUUAACAGAGAUGGAAACCGAACCAACCAACAAUACAGGGUUUACCUAGCCAAUCCGGCAUCGUCAAAGCGC